GGACAGUCGUUGAGGAAGGUUCAUGAAAGAUCUAACCAUAAUAUUUGAACAUUGACAUUCUCUGAUAGCGUCACAUCCUUAUCGUUCCUUUGCGCUUAAUACUGCUGCAAUAUCUCUUCUCGUAACAUGGAAGCGGAGCUUACUUUCUGCCCUGCUGCGGACGACGAGCUCUUUCGAUCUUUCUUAAACGAAGAUGUCUUGGAAGGACAGGAACCUCAGAAUUUAGGCAGCGAUCAGAAAGAACAUUGUGCCGACAAUACAGUUAAAUAUCUGUCCGCUGCUUGCCUGACAUCCCCGAAAAGUCCAAGGAGCGAGAUAUGCGGCUUCACACCGUCGUCGCCUUCGUCUGCAUCUUCUGUGGCCUCACCUACCCCCAACUGGAGACUAGACUUUGAUGAGGCCCAACUAGCAAACCUGUUAUCUCCACCACCACCGUUGCUGCAAGAAUUUACUCCAUGUCUGAAGUCCCCUGACAGCCUCGUCGAUAUACCCAUACCCGCUGUGACCGGCUCUGAUAACUCAGUAUCUUGGAAGUUUGUAAACUGUUCUGUGUCUGGCGAACAGAAGGUGGAGAAAGAAGAACAUGAAAGCCAGCCACUAGUUUACAUCAAAACGGAUGAAGUAGAAGCAAAGCCGAUAGCCGUGGGGCCAUUGAUACUACCGAAAUUGCCGGUGCCAAAACCUGGAAAUAACCAUCAAAAUGGUCCGGCCACGACAGCGUUCCACCAACCGUCCCCACCCGCCACCGCGUUUCCUGAUCUCAAUCAUCAUCUGACCCCAGCAGAUAAGCGUACGCAGCGGUUGAUAAAGAACAGAGCGGCUGCGCUGGAAUCGCGGAAGCGAAAACGAGAGCAGCAACAGAUGCUGGAAACCUAUGCGGAGAAGCUUUCCAAUGAAAAUGCUGAACUGAAGGCAAAAAUCGCCGAUUUGGGAAUGCGAAAUAAGGCGUUGACAGAAGAGAACAUGAACCUGAGAGGAAAAUUAUCAAAUCUGUGCGCACGAUGCUCUGAUUUCGAAGGAGGAGUAUUGUCACGUCGCAUACUAGAAUCGAUAGGGCCGUUUGAGGAUGGUGGCAGGAAGGCUAUUGGAGCUGUUUUUAUGGCAUUUUUUUUCUCGUUUGCUUUAAUCCUCAUACCCGGUUUCCUCUCCCCCUCUGCGCAUUUCGGAGGGCAUAUCACCGGGAAGGUUUUCUCCGAUGUUGCCAGCGUGCCGAGUAGCAGUAAAGGGAUACAUCUCAUAGAUGCGGCUCCGAGUGUUUUGUACCUUCCACCUUCGGCUCCGGCCGCUAUUGUUCGAAGCGAAUCUGGCCUUGUCCCACUAUCUCACAUCCCUGUCGCACCGCGUGUUGAAACCUCCGUCUCUCUCCCGUUAAAUCACCGAUUUGCUGAUCUCUUGGGGAUGCUGUCUGCAGAGCUGGGUCUUUCCAAACUGUCACGCAGUGAGCUCGCGAAGUUGCACGCGUUGUUCCGUGAAGAAGUUGCUGCCACCAAAGUGUCGAGAAGAAAACAUACGUUGGGGCGCGCAGUUGGCAAAAGGUUAUUGAUGGAAAGUAGUGCGUACCUGGACGAUGAAAGCAGCACCCAGCAAUUCCUGCACGUUCCUGCUGAUCAUGGAGUAGAGUAUGGUGCUGACGGUAAGGACGGACACGCCGUCCCUUUUAUAAAUGUUAGUGACUUGAUGCACUUGCUACCGUACCGAAAACCUGUCGAAUCUCCUGUCACGGAACGCCACACUAGCUCGGGCGAGGAAGAAAGUGCCCCGAGAUUCUCAUUGAUCACAACGUUGUCUUCGGAAGUGGGAGAAGAAGGUGGUGAGGCCGCUCCGGCCCUGAAAGGUGGCUUCCUACAAUUGGACCUGGAGGUCAUCGACGCGCGAUUUGUUAAAUGGAAUGGCAGUGAGAUUUGACAGAAUUGGCUGUUGAUACGUGUAAAUAGACUAUGAUCUCUUUGUAUACAGACUAGAACAAUAGGGUAUUGCAAUUUACUGCCUAAUGGAAUAGGCGACUCAGAUAUGGAAGUUUCUCUAUGCAACAUGUAACUUAUAGGUAACCGCAUCUAACGACCUAGUAAUAGUAACACCACGUUCGCGUUCCGAAAA